AUGGCGCCCAGCAGAGCACCGACGAAGCCCUUCGCGUACUGCGAGGGCGCCCCCAAGUGGGAUCCCGAGGCCUACAUCGCCGACCGGGACCUGCACGCCCGCGCCGCCGCCCACCUGGCCCGCGACGACUUUGCCUCGGCCGUCGCCGAGUCCUUCGCGCUGCCCGCCCGCGACGCCUACGUCUACCACGCCAUCGUCUCCGUCACCCUGGCCCAGGUCCAGCACGUCGUCGGGCUCGGCCCCGCGAACCGCCUGCACGCCUGGUACCAGAGCCCGGCCCCUCCGGCCGACGACGGCGACGGCCAGCAGCCCUCGACGGCCGAGCCGCUCCCGCCCCCGCCCAAGGCCGACAUCCAGACCUACCUGCAGAUCUUCGACCCCAAGACGGCGACCCCCAACAUCCUCAAGACGCUGUCGCUGAACGCCAAGAAGGGCUCGCUGCGGGCCAGCGUCGCCGCCCACCUGCUGUCCAAGCGGUACCUGCACCCGUCGGUGCCGGGCCUGCAGAUCCCGCGCUCCAAGAGCGGCGCGCCCGUGCCGAACCCGUACCUGGACUUCCUGGCCUGGGCCUGCCUGAACCUCGAGUACGCGGGGCCCUGCCCGGAGAGCGAGGCCGUGCGCAGCAGCCACCACGUGCUGCCGGUACUGAUGCACCACUUCGGGUGCGCGUGCCCGUCGCACGAGGCCCUGACCAUCCUGAAGCACGUCGCGGCCGGCCGCGAGGUCUGGGACGUCGGCUCGGGCAACGGCUAUUGGACCUUCAUGCUGCGGGCGUACGGGGUGGGCGUGCGGGCCGUCGACAGCGCGCAGAGCAGCUGGCGCGCGACCUGGAUCCGGGACACGGUGGUGGCGGACGGCGUCGCGUACCUGGGGCGCAACGGCGGCGGCCGCGACGCCGUGCUGCUGCUGGUGUACCCGAUCGUCGGGGGCGGGCUGGCGGGCGGCGCCGAGGGCGGCUUCACGCGCGACCUGGUGCGCGCCUACGCCGGCGACACGCUGGCCGUCGUCGGCACCCAGAACCACAACGGCUACACGGGGUUCCGCGGCAUGAGCAUGGACGAGUACAUGGCGCGCGAGCAGCCCGGCUGGACCAAGACGGCCCAGGUCCCGCUGCCGAGCUUCCCCGGCAAGGACGAGGCGCUGUUCGUCUUCCAGAGGGGCGAGAGGGCGCCGAAGCCUGCGCAGGGAGACGGCAGCGCGUCGGCGUGA